UUCUCUCUCCCAAAUCACCCAAUUUCUCAGAGCUUCAAAUUCCAUCUAUGGCUUCCAACGGAACCCCAACCCCCGCCGCCGCCGCCGACCACUCCAAACCCGUCGUCACCGACGAGGUCCGCCGCGUCUUCCAGAGCUUCGACGCCAACGGCGACGGCAAGAUCUCCGUCUCCGAGCUCGGCAACGUCCUCAAGGCCCUGGGCUCCAACGUCCCCGAGGACGAGCUCGAGCGCGUGAUGGUCGACCUCGACACCGACCACGACGGCUUCAUCUGCCUCGACGAGUUCAACGCCUUCUGGGUGGCCGGCUCCCCCGACGGCAGCUCCGCCGGGCUCAAGGACGCCUUCGAUCUCUACGACCAGGACCGCAACGGCCUCAUCUCCGCCGAGGAGCUCCACCUCGUCCUCAACCGCCUCCAGAUGAAGUGCUCCGUCGAGGACUGCAGCCGCAUGAUCAAGUCCGUCGACGGCGACGGCGACGGCAAUGUGAAUUUCGAGGAGUUCAAGGUGAUGAUGAGCAACAACGCCGCCGGCACCGUUACUUCUAACGGCGCAUGA